CAGAAGAGAGACUGCUUGCUCCUUCAAAGAUGCUUGUCUGUCGAAACCAUCUCCCACUUUGGAUAUUUGUUCUGCUUAUCUGUUAUCUACAACUUUGGGAUACAGUAUCCUCAGACCUCCUCCUGGUCUCCCCCCCAACACCCUCCCUCACCCAGGCCUCCUCUGUAGGCAACACCGUCCUGGGGGCUGUGGUCCUGGUCUGUCGGGCCCCUGAGGGCCCUGGAGGGACCCUGUUCAGACUCCACCGGGUUAAAAAGCUGGUGGACACCAUGACUUUCCCCAGUGAGACACAGGAGGCCCAGUUCACAGUGAGAGUGAGGGAGGAUUCAGCCCGGGAGGUUCUAUACUGCUGCCUGUAUCAGAACAGCCAGGGGAUGUAUAGCCCAUACAGCCACUAUCUGACUCUGAAACAACAAGGUGUAGCCUCUCCUAGAGCUCCUCCUCCUCCUUCCCUCCCUCUCCUCCCACCCCUCCUCUCAGUUGAUCCCGCAGGUGGUCAGGUGAAGCAAGGCCAGACGUUAUCCUUCCACUGCUCUCUGCCUACUCCUCACUCCCAGCAGAGCCCUAAACCAGAGGCCUUCCUACUGCUGAGGACAGCUAAAGCGACUGGGCACUCCAUGGGGAGCUCCAUGGUCCACCCCCAGGCCUCCCUGGUGUCCCACUCCACAGCCCAGACCGGGGCCUUCCACCUGGGGCCCGUGAGGGGAGGCGAGGGGGGAUCCUACACCUGCCUCUACCAGGUUACAGUGCCUCGUCAGGGACCGGCUAAUUCAACCGCCAGUCAUCCAGUUCUUGUCACGGUCACAGAGCUGUUGCCGGUGCCCACUCUCUCUCUCCAGAGCCAGGCUGGGGAGUGGGCCUUGGUGUGUACUGGUUCACCUGCCUUCCCUGGUGCUCGCUUCUCUCUAUACCACCUGGGAAGUACCUUCCCUGAUGCCACCCGUAGUGCCCCCGCUACCCGACAUCGUGCCCUUUUUGCUCUCUCAUCCCUGCCUGCCCAGGACGGCCCGUUGUCGGACCACUACCAGUGCCAAUACAGUUCCCUGCUGGGAGCAGAGUGGAGCCACUCAGAGAGAAGUCCACUGCUGGCUGUGCCUAGAGUCAUAGACAAGACAACCAUCUCCUCUCCCUCCUCACCAGGGCUGACUGGUGUGGACUGGCCUCUGGUGUUGGGAAGUCUUUCUGUUGUGGUUCUGUUCUUCAUUGUACUGGUGGGCGUGGGUGUGGCGGUGCAGAGGAAAGUUAAGGUAAUAGCGGAAGAAAAGCGUAAAAGGGAGGGGGCUCUCCUAUGGGCCAAGCUUCAUUCUGAGGACCAUGUUCUUGACCUUACCCUCAAACGUGUCAGCAUUACCUCUCAGGAAUGGGGUAACGACGACAGCGCAGCAGAGACAGCCUUCAGCAGGUCCCCUCCAUGGAGAACUCUCUCUACGUUUGGCAACACACCAUCCUCUUGACCUCCUUCACCUCUCUCUCGUUCCCUCUAUUCUCACUCGCUCUCUCUCUAUUCCUUUUUCUGUCCAUCUUCUUAUGUCUCUCUCCCUGACCCUUCUUAUCUCUAUACAGUACAUCUCUUCAUGCUCCCUGUCCUUCUUUCUGAUCUCUCGUUCUCUCUGUCACCUUUUCGUUCCCUCGCCAUCCUUCUCUCUCUUUCUCUCUCCAUCCUUUUUU